UAUUAUAUAAAAUCUUUAAUAUAAAAGUGUAAAGUUUAGAAUAAUUUAGAUAAAAAUUAUGUUCAGAAAGUGCUUAACGACUUUUGCACAAGCUAAAAAUGCAAACAAUGCCGGCUGUCUAACGCCUAUAGUAUGUCGAACUACGCAUAGACAUGCUAGCCAAAAUAAAGCCGAUAGUCGUCCACCAAAAGUUUUGAUUACCGGUGGCCUAGGGCAACUCGGCAUGGAGUGCGCCAAACUUUUGCGCUCUCAAUAUGGCGCUGAGAGUGUUGUACUCUCCGAUAUCAUUAAACCCAGCAAGGAGGUUAUAGAGAGUGGUCCCUACAUAUUCGCCGAUAUUUUAGACUUCAAGGGUCUGCAAAAGAUUGUCGUCGAUAAUCGCAUCGAUUGGCUGAUACAUUUCUCCGCAUUGUUGAGCGCGAUCGGUGAGCAAAAUGUGCCUCUGGCGGUACGCGUCAACAUCGAGGGUGUACAUAAUGUCAUCGAACUGGCGAAACAGUACAAUUUACGCAUUUUUGUGCCAAGCACAAUUGGCGCAUUCGGCCCAGACAGUCCGCGCAAUCCAACUCCAAAUGUAACAAUUCAACGUCCCCGCACAAUGUAUGGCGUCUCGAAAGUGCAUGCCGAACUCAUGGGCGAAUAUUAUUACCAUAAAUUUGGCUUGGAUUUUAGAUGUUUGCGUUUUCCCGGUGUUAUUUCAAGCGAUCCACCUGGCGGUGGGACUACUGAUUACGCUGUCGCCAUUUUCCAUGAAGCACUGCGCAGCGGCAAGUACACCUGCUACUUGCGUCCAGACACACGUCUACCAAUGAUGUACAUUGAAGACUGUCUACGUGCCUUGCUGGAAUUUAUGCGCGCACCGUCGGAAAAUCUGAAACGGCGUGUCUAUAAUGUAACGGCCAUGUCGUUUACACCGGAAGAACUGGUAGAAGAAUUAAGUAGUUAUGUGCCCAAUUUGCACGUGACUUACAAGCCAGAUAGCCGACAGGAUAUUGCCGAUUCAUGGCCACAAGUGUUUGACGAUUCUGAGGCACGCCGCGACUGGGGUUGGCAGCAUAAAUACGAUUUAAAGAACUUGGUUAGUUUUAUGGUGAAGGAUGUGCGAGACAACUUUAUAAAGCUGGAAGAUGCCAAAGUGUGCGCAUCUUCAACGUGAAUGUUAUAACGGUGUGCAUUGUGCUUUAACCAAACAGUUCUUAAAACUUGCUCAAAAAUGUUAGAAUACAAGAUUACGAAAAGUAUUUAUCAUUACUUUUUUCGGUUAGGCUAUGAAAAUCGUUACAAAACCAAAUUGCACUAUAGCUUUUAUUUUCUCACUUUAUUGACAAUUUUGUUGUCAAUAGAUUUUUAGUUAACAUUUAUUUAAAAUUGACCAAAAUAUUUCCUCCCCAACACUAUUCAUUUCACUAAAACUUUUUCACUAUAAUUUAAUAAAUUAAUUCUACUUCUCAAAUUAACGGCAGUGCUUACGCUUUGUUUACAAUUUCCAAGCCGUUCUAUGCUUCUUCUUCUCAUAUCCAAAGAACUACGUCACAAGUUGGUGUUUGGCGUAAUCUUGUAUUCUAUCAUUCUUGAACUUGGCAAAUCAAGCAUUUAUUACAUAUACAUAAAUAUUUUUUAAAAUACCUAGUAUUAUGAAGUAAAAUUUUAAUAUUACUAAAAGAAGUAUUUUAAAGCUGUACAUAAUUAAUUUUCAACAAUACAUGGAGUGAGAUUUUUCA